AUGUCUUAUGUUUCGAAGAAUCUCCAUAUUCAGUUUGGAUAUGCGAAGAACUGGGAAGUUGCGACUAUAAUCUGUUCCGUUCCGAUCUGCCGUCCGUCUCUUAAUACACAGGCUGAAUGGUACGGCAACUCUCUCCGAACUGCUUCUCAAAAGGCCACGACGAAAUUGCAACUGCUUCUCGACAAAGGUGCCGAUGUCAAUGCUUGGGACGACAAUUAUGAUCAUACUUCCCAGCCUCAUUUCAAAGACGGCGACGAGAAGACCAUGCAUUUCCUUCUUGGUAAAGGUGCUAAUCUCAAGAUCCAGACUGGCUAUUAUGGCAAUGUUCUUCCUGCCACCUCUCAAAACUGUCACGAAGAAGUCGUACAGCUGCUGCUCAGCAAAGAUGCUAAUAUCAACACACACAGCAGGGAUUUUUAUAGCAAGAAUCUGAUGGCUGCCAAGGCGGCCUAA